CUGGGUUUUUCUUGUUUCUUAACAGGUCAGAAAUAGACGUGAACCUGCGAACGUUGGUUUAUUAUUAUGGAAUUGCUAAUAGUGGCUUACAAGAAUGGCAGUGGUUGUUCAAGAAAUACCUCAUGACAACGGCACCGUCAGAGAAAAGUAAACUGAUGUAUGCAUUGGCGGCCUCACGAGAGACAUGGAUCUUAAACAUGUAAGAACUAAGAAACCACAUUUGCAGGGGAAUUGUCGGGAUCGAUCCUGGGUACCCUGUUACCAUUGAUGGAUUAGUUUUGAAGUUUAGGAUUUCCAUGCUUUGCCAAAAAAACAAAGGCUCGUUCGUUGAUUCUGGUUUGUUCUUUUCUCAUUUACGAGUUUCAUCAUCUGUACGUUGGUCUAUCCAAAGUCGAGUCCGUAAUAUUUGAUACUUAUUAAGAAAAGACGUGUUUACAGUAUUACGCGGUCACCCGGGAAUGGCCAUCGGGUGACCGUUUGAUACAGCUUUGACAAAACGAAGAUGGUGGCAAAGUGAAAUAUCCGAAACACGAUAAAUUGACGUCAAAGUGUUUCUACUUCUUCGUUUGCCAAUAGAAGGGAAUUAAAGACCCCUAAGGCACAUCUUUACAAAGUGACCGUUUAAUAGAGGACAAAGACAAUAACAAAUAGAGACCUCGGAACGAGGUUUGGUCAUUUUACUGAAAACGACAAACUGCGGUUUGCGGUUAACGAUUUCACGUUACCCGUCUGCCCAUAUUUGACACUUAAGAUUCGCAGUUGGUAGCUCGUGGCUGCCAUGUUUGCUGUCAUUCAUCCGCUUGCUUCUAUUUUAGCUGAAAAUUUGUCUUCAAAAUUUCGUUUUUUGAAAUAGAAUUGGAUAAUCAAUAAGCAAAAGAGUUCUAAAAAGUCGUAUUUCUUCUCAAACGUGGGAUUGUGAUGCUUUGGGGUGCAAAAAGCCUUCCGGUAAAUCACUUACCUCUGGAGCGUGGUUUAGCGGUACAAACGUGAACUCAAACCGCAAACCUGGCGGCAAGGCCCUGGUCACGUGACUUCUAGACGUUCGCAGUUCGCGGGAAAUGCCGAAAAACCUCAAUCUUAAGGUCUGUAAUAACUCGUUAGGACCUAGGAAAAGGUGACCACGGAAUAAAGGUCAUUUUUAUUAUAAUUAUGGAAAAUAAUUUUCGGGACUUUAAGUCACCGCUGAAUAAAAGUCCUUUUAAUAGAUGUUUGCUUUAUUAACAAAUUACGGAUUGUGGAUUGCUUUAAAAUGUUGGUGACUUAUUAUGUUAUUCAGGUAUUUGGAAUACUCCCUUGACUCGUCCAAGGUUCGAUCACAGGAUGCCGUCAGUGUGAUUAGAUACGUAGCUUCCAAUCCUGUUGGCAAGUACUUAGCCUGGACCUUCGUCCAAAAUAACUGGAAAACUUUGUUUGACAUGUAAGUGACACAUGAAGUAUAUUAUUGUUUUGGGUGGAAAUCAAAGUAGUGAGCUAGUACACGUGAAAAUUGCCUACCGUGAAGAAACGACACUCUCAUGUCACCCUGCGAUCAACACGCGCGGGGUUUGGUCCCUUAUCAAAGACAUGCAAAGGGAAAUCACCCGCACGGCUUUUGGUUGAUAUAACAAACGACCGGAGACUAACGCGCGGCGUGUAACUGAUGUAGCAUAUGUCUAGUUCAAAGUCACUCUUGAUUCACUCGGCUUUUGAUUGAUGCAGCAAACAGAGAUCAAAGAGCGUGGUUGUAGACUGGUUUAACAAAUGUUCCGCGCGUAGCAUUUGAUUGGUUUAGCGAAUAGAGCCCACCGAUAACAAGGGGCCCGAGACACUUCAGUACCGUAAAUUGAUGUUUCUGUUGUCAACCGAUCAUCACAUUCCAAUAGUCAUUCGAAGAAAGCUUUUUUUCACAAGACUUCAUGCAGGGGACCAUCCUACAAAACCGCUUUUAUAAGCCUAACAAGAACACUGUAUCUGUUUUAAGUGAUGGCAAGGUAAAGAUCUUUUACUGAAGACUGUGGUAUAAGCUAUGAAAGCUCAUUAUUUCCAGUGACAAGCCCUGCUGAUGUGACGCCUGUCUUUGUUGUCAUUACAGGUUCAGCACCAGUACUUUCCGUAUGGCAAGCCUGACUAAUGCUGUGACUCAGUUUAGUACCGAGGCUGAUCUCCAACAGGUGGGUUACUUAAUCUUGUCACUCAAAUGUAGUUGUGCUAAAAGCUCCACGGUUUUUGCGUUUCGGGGAAUGUGUAGACGGUCAUGUACAUAAAAAAUCAGGUGGUUUUGGAAUGCCUUGGAAGUUGAUCUUUUAGUAUGACAAAAAAUGUGAUUGUCUGAAAAAUUAAAGCGAAUUGACCAAGAAAUUACUUUGUAUGUCACUAAGAGGGAAAAACUUAUUUUGACGUCAGCGAGAAUGGAUAAAUGUUGGUUGUUGCUGUUGUUGUUAUUUUUAAUUUUUAUUUCUAGACUUUUUGACUACAUAAGAUAAGUUUUGUGGGAAACAAAACGAGGCUGCUACUAUGACCUCCCUAUGCGGGAAUUGCGGUAGCGAGUUCUCUUAGACAUAAAGAAGUACAGUGUACUUGAAAAGUUAUUUGAAACAUCGAAUAGUUAGCUACUACCAAUUACCAUACACAGGGUUGGUACAGAGUGUUGAAUUCUUGAAAAAGUCUUGAAAUUUGCCCGGCAAUUUUCCAGAAUGAAGAAGAUCUGGAGGUCUAAUAUGUCCAGGGAUGUAAAACUGUCAUUCUUCAAAGCCACUGUAGAAUCUGUUCUUCUUCAUGGUGGUGAAACCUGGACCCUAACCCCUACCCUUGUAACCAAGUCAUUAAAUGGUUGCUACACUCGCAUGCUGCGGGUGGCCUUGAGUGUUUUCUGGCAAAGCCACACCUCCAAUGAAUAUCUUUAUGGAGAUUUACCGAGAUUUGGAGACAAAGUAGCCGCAAGAAGGACUGAGACUUGCUGGGCACUGUCAAAGACAUCCCUACCUCCCAGCACACAAACUUGUCCUUUGGGAGCCAACCCAAGGCCACAGUGGUAGAGGACCACCAAAAUCAACACUAGUUAAUGUCUUAAAGCGAGACUCUGAUGUAGACUUUAGUCAGUAGUUAGAAGCGCUGAUGCACGAUCAAAGAGUUUGGAAUAACCUUGUCAAGGUUCUUCUGUAGCCGACUUAUUAGUAGUAUUAGUAGUAAUUUUCGAGACCUGGAAAAAGUCUGGAAAAUAGGCAUAAAGUCUUGAAAAAUGGUAAAAAGUCUUGAGUUUAUCUUGAUAGCUACAACUAGUGGUUUAUAAGUGAAAUUUUGUUUCGCUUUGGUCAAAUCUUAUUCAAUCUCACCCGUACGUUCGCAGUGCUUCGCGAAAAACUUUGUUCCUGCUUUUUUAAGGUGUCUAUUGAUCACCUGUUUGAUAACCUUGGGUCUGGAAAAAGAAAUUAUUGUUUUGGAGUCUUGAAUUUUGGAUUCAAAAAUCUUAACGAACCCUGAUACACCACUAUAAGGUAUUUAAAUAAUCAUGGGUGGUUUAAACAACAGUAGAUAUACUGUCAUUAAUGCAAAUGUAGUAUAUUUUGCCACUUUACUAUUUUUGCUGAAAUUUGGAGACGUCGGCAGUUACUGCAUUAUUGAGUGACCGAAAUAACUUACUAUGAUUGUUAAAUUUUCUUGCAGAUGAAGGCAUUUUUUGACCGUUCUGAAGCCGGAACAAGCGAGAAUGCUCGUAAACAAGCUAUUGAGCGCACACGGGCUAACAUCGACUGGCUGAAGAAAUACGAACACACUAUUACAGACUGGUUACGUAAUGAAGCUGUAGGAGCUUAGAAAGGCCACCUUAUACGUAGGCUCUGUUAAACAGGCUUUUUUCUUACCUUUCCGUUUAUAGACUUAUGGUGUUGUCCGUCCCCUGAAUUCAUCUCUUUUUUUGCUGUAUUUCUGGUCCCAGAUCUCCAGGCCCAACUACUUUAACUCAUGGUUAAGACUUUUGUAAAAGUACAUUUUAAUAUUUUUCUUAAAUUUAUUUCUGUUUUAUUCCCUCAUUCUUCUUGCUGUCUUACUGUUUUUUUCUUUUUUCUCAGCCUCAUUCGCUUUAUAGCGAUUUAUGCAGAAAGGACGGCGGGAAAGAGAUAGCAGGCCUCUCUUUUUCCAGCUUCCCAUGGUUCCUUGCACUUCGUCACCAGUCACUUGCGUUUCGCACUCACUUUUGUUGGCGACCGAAGUGCGAAACAAAGUGCCUGAGGAGAAGGCAGGCAUUAUUCAAUAUUUUCAGUGACUUAGGACCCCAUAGGUGUUUUUGUCGUUAAUAGCUCAUAGAUCAUUGACCUUAACGUUAUAUCAACAGAGAAAAGAAAAAUCUAAGACGAAACUAGUUUUGUUACGCUAGGGGCAGAGGUUUCUCUCUGGUAUGGUAUUUAGCGUUUACGACGUCGAUGGCGUCGCUUGUUAGCCUUGUAGUUGGU